UCCGUAGCAGUAUCGUGUCAGUCAUGUACGCAUGUCUGAAGCACACAUGGAGUGAGGUCAAGAGGAGGAAAAGCUAAACAUCGUUGACAUUACGCUGUUGAUAUGAAUUUAUUGAUGUCGCCUGACGCAGAUGUACCAGAAACCAGGAUAAACUAGCAGGAUGGCAACUCCAGCCGUUCGCAUGUUCCGGAGGUUAGAGGGGCUGUUCUGUGUUUAUAAACCUCCCGGGGUUCACUGGAAACUCGUUCGCGAUAGCGUCGAAACAAAUCUUCUUAAAGGUUUAAAUUCGACACCAGCCAAGCCUCUUCCCCGGGAGGUCCGCUUCUUGACCUCCGCAGGAGGCGAUGCCGAGGGACAGAAGGCUCUCACAGUGUCUGCAGUCUCUCUGCCCGUCCUAUCACAUCACCCUCUCGUAACUGGACCUGAGUUCUGUAAUAUUCGAGUUGGAGUAGGACAUCGUCUUGAUGCAUUUUCAUCUGGCGUUCUAGUUCUUGGAGUUGGACAUGGAAACAAGGUUCUGGAUGAUCUCUACAAAACACGAGUCACAAGGGAUUAUACAUUGGAGGGUGAAUUUGGGACCGCAACAGAUAAUUUCUCUCAUACGGGACGAGUUGUGGAAAGGUCAACUUAUGAUCACAUCACACUGGAUAAGCUGGACAGAGUUAUGGCAAUGCUUCAAGGAGUUAAUCAAAAAGCCUUAUUAAUGCAUUCCAAUGUGGACAUGCACUCGCAGGAAGCCUAUGAAAUGGCUGUGCGAGGGUUACUGGGUCCAGAUGGGAAAUCGGUUCCUAUUUUGACAGGACUGCGUUGUCUUCGCUUCGAGCCUCCUAACUUCACCUUAGAGGUGCAGUGUCUAAAUGAAACACAAAAAUAUUUGCGUAAAGUAAUCCAUGAGAUCGGACUUGAGUUGCGCAGCACGGCAGUGUGUAAAGGCGUCAGACGGACCAGAGACGGACCCUUCACGCUGCACGAUGCCCUGGUCCGUCACCGCUGGGCUGCGGCUGAUAUCAUGCAGGCCAUUCAGGGCUACCACUCCUCUAAGAAAAAGAAACACAUUUCACAAGAAUAAACCAAAGGGGGAAGCAGCUGCACAGGUGCCAUGCUGGUACACAAUCAACACAAUCGCACACCAACACACGCAUACAGUUUGGAACGUUUAAAAAAAAAAAGUUUCAU